CACAGUUCGCUCAGUGUAAUAUUGACAGUGCAACCGUUAACAACUUCGCGAUGGCUAAUGUUCCUCAGAUAGUGUUCAACAACGGACACACGUGCCCAGUCAUAGGACUCGGGACUUGGAAGUCGAAACCCGGUGAAGUUACCCAAGCGGUGAAAGAUGCUAUUGACGCCGGCUAUCGUCACCUCGACUGCGCUCAUAUUUACGGCAAUGAGAAAGAAGUUGGCCUCGCAUUGAAAGAGAAAUUCGCCGAAGGAGUUGUUAAAAGGGAAGACAUUUUCAUCACCUCCAAGUUAUGGUGCACCCACCAUCGCCCCGAUCUCGUGGAGGGUGCGCUGAGGACCACACUGAGCGACCUCGGCGUGAACUACGUCGACUUGUAUCUGAUUCAUUGGCCACAAGCUUACAAGGAAGGAAGUGAACUUUUUCCAGUUGAUAGUGAAAGUAAGGCGAUACCGUCUGCCGUGGACUAUGUAGAUACGUGGAAGGCUAUGGAGAAGCUCGUUGACCUCGGCCUUAGCAAGAGCAUCGGCUUGUCUAACUUUAAUAAGAAGCAGAUCGACAGAGUGAUGGAAAUCGCGAGGAUAAAGCCUGCCUCUUUACAGAUCGAAGUACACCCCUACUUGAACCAAGAGAAGCUGAUCGACUACGCUCGUUCCCUGGGUAUCACGGUCACCGCAUACUCCCCCCUCGGUUCUCCUGACAGACCCUGGGCAAAGCCGGGCGACCCUCAGCUGCUCGAGGACCCCCUGCUGAAGACCAUAGCUGAAAAAUACAAUAAGACUCCAGCGCAAAUUCUCAUCAGAUACGCCAUUGAUCGCGGCCUCAUCGUCAUCCCUAAAUCGGUGACCAAGAGUCGAAUCAUACACAACUUCAACGUCUUCGAUUUUCAGCUGACAGUUGACGAUAUCAAGACUAUUGGAAGCUUGGAAUGUAAUGGAAGACUGUGUUCCAUGGGAGAUGACCAUCAUCCCGAUUUUCCGUUCCACGAUGAGUUUUAAUGUAAGCUGGAAUUAAGUGAAAAAAAAAUUCGCACUUUUUUUUCUCUUUUGUUUCUCCUAGCUGAUAAUCACAGCUUUGUACACAGAUAAGGAAAACAUGUCAAACAUUCGUAUAAUUGAAAUAAAAUUGUUUAAAAACA